AUGGCGGAGGGCGGCGACGCGGCGCCGGAGGAGCCGGACAGACCCUCUGGGCCGAGGCCGCCGAGCGCGCGGGACUUGCAGUUGGCCUUGGCAGAAUUGUACAAAGGUGAAGUGAAAUGCAAAUCUUCCACAACUGAGAGACCUAAAGCUUCCAUCUUUAAAAGCCCACGAACACCACCUCAAAGGUUCUAUUCAAGUGAGCAAGAAUACAGUGGAUUGCAUCUGGUUCGACCUUCAACUGGGAAAAUAGUGAAUGAACUUUUCAGAGAGGCAAAGGAGCAUGGGGCUGUCCCUCUACAAGAAGCCACAAGAGCUUCAGGUGAUGACAAAACUAAGUUCUUUUCAGGUGGAGGAUACAGAUUGGGUAAUUCCUCUUGCAAACAGUCUGAAUACAUCUAUGGAGAAAAUCAGCUGCAAGAUGUUCAGAUUUUGCUUAAGUUAUGGAGCAAUGGUUUCAGUUUAGAUGAUGGAGAAUUGAGACCAUACAAUGAUCCAGUGAAUGCUCAAUUUCUGGAGUCUGUUAAAAGAGGAGAAAUUCCCCUGGAGCUUCAGCGACUGGUUCAUGGUGCCCAAGUGAACUUGGAUAUGGAGGAUCAUCAGGAUCAAGAAUACAUAAAACCCAGAUUGAGGUUCAAGGCUUUUAGUGGAGAUGGACAAAAACUCGGAAGCCUUACACCUGAAAUUGUCAGUACGCCUUCCUCCCCAGAAGAGGAGGAGAAGUCCAUACUUAAUGCAGUUGUUCUGAUUGAUGAUUCAGUGCCAACAACAAAGAUUCAAAUCAGGCUGGCAGAUGGGAGUCGUUUGAUACAAAGAUUCAAUAGUACUCACAGGAUCCUGGAUGUUCGGGACUUCAUUGUACAGUCCCGUCCUGAAUUUGCAACUCUUGACUUUAUUCUUGUAACUUCAUUUCCAAGCAAAGAGCUAACAGAUGAAAGCCUAACACUACAAGAAGCAGAUAUAAUGAAAAUAGCAAAGAAGCUAGAUUAA